AUGUCUCGUCACAGGUUUGUACGAAAUCUUGAUCUCGACGACGAGCGCGACGAUGGGGCCCUCUCAGAUGGUGGCGGCGAGGACAUACCUCCGGAAGAACAAGCCCAAAUGGAAUCGGGUCUUGAGCACAUUCGAGCAGUGCUAGGCUCCGAAGCUGAGUCUGGCCUCUCAGAUUCUGUGAUCAGGGAGACCCUAUGGGAUAGUUACUUUGACGUUGAGAAGAGUGUGGAAUGGCUAAUGGGUAUAUCUCGGCACUUCACAAUACCCGGAAAGGACUGA